AUGAAUUUGGGUCAUUGUCAAUUCAACCUAUUCGAUCUAAUUGCCGGAAUAAGAAAUGCAACUAGUUUAUGGCUAACAUGAUUUUAUAAGCUUUAUAGAAAGAUAAUAAUAAAUUUUCUAUUAGAAUUUCCCGAUAAAUUGAGCUCGUUUUCCUAUAUAUGAAUCUGGGUAAAGAAUGGGAAAUAUUACUCCGUAAUUACUUAAAUUAUAUUUUGAUAAGCGUAGAAGAUGGCGCAAAACAACCAGAAGGAUAAUGAGGGGAGUGAAGGUUCGAUGAGAGAGGUAGGUCGGGCUAGUUGGUCUAGAGAAACUUUACACAUAUUCUGUGAUUUGUGUAUUCAAUUUGCCGAAAGGAGUAAGGGAAAAAGGGGUGCUACAGUCUCACAAAGGAUGCCAUGGAAGGUGAUCGAAGUAGAGUUCACUAAAAGAACGAGGUUGACAUAUGACAAGAACAAACUGAAAAACAAAUGGGAUUGGAUGAGAAAUCGAUGGAGUCUUUGGAGAGCACUUAAAGGAAAAGAAACCGGAUUAGGUUGGGAUCAUGAGAAGGGAACAAUAAGUCCUAGUGACGAAUGGUGGAAGAACAAAAUUGAGGAAAAUAUGCAUUUUAAAGCUUUUCAAUUUGAAGGUAUUGAGCCUGAACUUGAAUACAAGAUGGAACAACUAUUUGGAGUUUCAGUUGCUCAAGGGGGGCUUAAGUAUACUCCUGUUCAACGCUCAAAUCAAGCACCCCCUUCUGUUUUUUAUAUCCCUCUUCCACCCCUUGGUGCUGGUAAUCUUAAUCAUGGUGGAAAUUCUAGUAAUAUACCACCUGAGUAUGAUGAUCAAAUGAGUGAGAAUGGUGGUAUUAUUCAUACCCAAACUAACAUGGAUUGGCAGGAUACUUUUCAUGAUUCUACUCCAAAUCCUUCCCCAUCUCCUUCUCCUCCUCCACAAUCAACCGAACUCGGAGCUAGAGGAAGUAAAAGAAGUUCUGAAAAUGAUAUUGCAGAGAGCUCGAAACGUUGUAGGAUAGAAUCUGGUAGUAGGAAAGGAGGGGCUGCACUGUUGAUGGAAAAGCUAGAUACAAUGGUGAAAGUUGUUACUGAGAGGAACAUCAAGGAUAUGGAAUUGAUGAGCCUUGAAGCACAUACACUCAAUGACUCAUCUAAUACACUUGCUGAUUCGUUGGCAAAGUUGGUGUCCAUGAAAGACUUAACUCCCGGUAGCCUGAAUUUUGUUUUGCUUGCACCAUGAUUGAAUAUCCCCAAAAGAGGAUACUUCUCAAUGGAAUGCCAGAUGACAACACAAGGCUUCAAUGGAUCAAAUACUUGUUUGAGAAGAGUGGGUGACCAAUGAACUAACUUUAGUUUAGUAUUAAUACUAUCUAGGUUUAUUAUCGGAUCUAAUAUGUACGGGUAGUAUCUAGAUUACAACUCUUAGUUAGUAUUAUCUUUUGGAUGAAACUUUUAAUUGGUUUUACUAUUGUGAUGUAAGGCAUCACUAUGCAUGUUGUUUCAGGUUU